AUGUCAAGCUACCUGACUGGGAAAGGGAAGAGAAGAUACAAGAGAUCGCUCGAGUCCCUAAAUGAUGGUGAAGAUGCAGCAAGUCCUGUAGAAGACGGGUCGCUAGAGGAGACCGUGGACCUUGGCGACGACAGGACGUCCAAGGAGGAACAGGACACUGGUGAUCUGCGACUACUUGCCCGGCAGAACUACCUCAGCCGAAGAGAGAUUCAGAAAAUCGAGGCUUUGAGAAAAGACCUACUUCUUCUGGAGGAAGACGUCAAGAAAUAUGGCUGGGAAGCUCUCACUCAGAGGGAGCGCGAUGAUAUUGCGUUAAAGAGAGAACUGGUCGAGUUAUUCGAGAAGAAGGAAUCGGAUCCGGAGGUGGGAUUCAAAUUACAGGAUGACUAUAUUGAUGGAAAGGGCAAGAUAGAUGUGGGACGCAAGAGACAAGCCCUCAGCAACCGAGAUGAUUACUUCCAAAAGCGCAAGACACCGAAACAGCAGGUUUGGGAAGAAAGGCAGCUGCAGAAGGCUAUCAGAGAAGAAGGUACAGAUGAAAUUGCUGUGCCAGAUUCAGAUAAGUACGAGUUUGUGUUCGAUAACGAUGCUGCGGUGGAGUUCACUCAAGAAGAAGAAGAUGACAUAUUACCUGAGAAGGACGCUGAAUAUGAGAACUUGCUUGCAGAAAAGCUGGAAAUUGAAGAGAAUCGAGUGAGGUCUCUCCAAGAAACGAGAAAGCUUCUACCAGUGUAUCAAUACAGAGACGACUUACUGCGAGCCAUUCGCGAGAAUCAGAUUCUUAUAAUCGUUGGUGAAACGGGUUCUGGUAAGACUACGCAAUUACCCCAAUACUUGGUUGAAGACGGGUAUACAGAAGCCGGUAAGCUGCAAAUCGCUGUCACUCAACCUCGAAGGGUUGCAGCAACCUCGGUGGCCUCUAGAGUUGCGGAUGAGAUGAAUGUUGUGCUGGGAAACGAAGUUGGGUAUUCGAUUCGUUUUGAAGACAAAACUAAUGGAAAGACAAUUCUAAAGUAUAUGACAGACGGGAUGCUUCUCCGAGAGGUCCUGGUGGAUCCAGAGCUUAAAAAGUACUCAUGUGUUAUGAUCGAUGAAGCGCAUGAGCGAACUCUUGCAACCGAUAUUCUUUUGGGGCUAUUGAAAGAUAUUUUAUUGCAUCGAAAAGAUCUCAAACUGUUGGUUUCAUCUGCAACUAUGAAUGCAGCGAAGUUUUCUCACUUUUUCAAUGGCUGCCCCAUCUUUAACGUCCCAGGACGAAGAUAUCCUGUCGAUAUUCAUUAUACAUUACAGCCGGAGGCUAACUACCUUCAGGCAGCUAUCAGCACCAUUUUUCAGAUUCACACCUCUCAGCCUCUACCGGGAGACAUUCUGGUUUUCCUAACUGGUCAGGAGGAGAUCGAGUCGGCCAGGCAAAAGAUUGAAGAAAUCGCCGGAAAAGUAAGUUCCAGUAUCGCGCCGAUGAUAUUGGCCCCGAUCUAUGCCAACCUGCCUCAAGAACAGCAGGAGCUGAUAUUCCUCAAGACACCUUCAAAUUCUAGGAAAAUCGUUUUGGCUACCAACAUCGCCGAAACAUCCCUAACCAUCGAUGGCAUCAAGUUUGUAAUUGACCCAGGUUAUGUGAAGGAGAAUUCGUUUGUGCCCUCGACGGGCAUGACUCAGUUAGUCACAGUUCCCUGCUCUAGGGCCUCUGUGGAUCAAAGAGCUGGUAGGGCGGGGCGUGUUGGACCGGGAAAGUGUUACCGACUUUUCACCAAGUGGUCGUACUAUAACGAACUGGAGUUGAUGCCUAAACCAGAGAUAUUAAGGACCAACUUAUCAAGCGUUGUAUUGUUGCUACUCUCGCUUGGAAUUUCCGAUCUGAUCAACUUUCCCAUGUUAGACAAGCCCAGCAUAUCUUCAUUAACUAGUUCUCUCGAGGAUCUCUACCUGCUAGGUGCACUAAACAGCAAGGGAAAAAUCACUAGACUAGGAAGGAUUAUGUGCGAAUUUCCUUGCGAACCGCAGUUUGCCAAAGUCAUACACACGUCUGCUACGCACGACCAAUGCAAGGGCGUACUCGAGGAAUGUGUGGAUACCGUUGCAAUGCUGCAUGAAGCUAUGUCCCUUUUUGCUGGUCAGAAGGAGCAGAGCUCAGAAUUUCUUGGGGAAGUGAGCAGUGACCAUAUGUUGUACUUGCAAAUCUACCAGGAAUGGAGGGACUACAAUUAUUCCCGAGCCUGGUGUCGAGACCAUAAGCUCCAGUAUAAAACACUAUGCAGGGUGCGAAAUAUUAGAAACCAGUUGUGGAACUGUGCCGAGAAACUGGGUCUUGUCGCAAUGAAUGAAAUUGCCAAAAGGCAGGAGGUAGAUGUCGCAGAGAAACUGCCGAUAAAGCUAACGAAGUGUUUCAUCGCAGGCUUCCCCACUAAUAUUGCACAGCUGGGGACAACAGGAUAUCGCACAGUUGGCAAGAAGAGUACUUCAGGCCUCAACGUUUACGUCCAUCCGUCAAGUAUUCUGAACAAGCAACUGCGUGAUAGCGCUCGGAAACCUAGCAAAUAUGUUCUGUAUCAGACAUUAAUGCUAACAUCUAGAGAGUUUAUGAGAGAUUGCAUCCCGAUUUAUGACGAUGCAUGGUUACUAGAGAUGAUCCCGCAAGUUUUCAAAAGAAAGGCUCGAUAG